AUGCAAUACCUGAUCAUGCCACAGUUGAUAUGCGUCCCCUCCCUGGAUAUGGACAUCUUGGGUGACAAGGGGCUGUUCUGGAAAGGCAUGGCCACUUACUGGCUGCACAACGCCCUCUCUGACCCCGGAAUGCUUGCCAACACCCUGCUAUGGUCCUGCCGUCACAUGGCGACCGUACGACACCGCGAGGUCUGUGACCUUCAAGCGACCAAGUAUCGAUUGGAGUGCAUCCAGUGUCUCAACCAGACCCUAACAAAGGAAGGGAACGACAUCAGCGAUCUCACUAUUGCUAAGACACUAGCUUUGGCCUCUGACUCGAAUCUGACUGGCGAACAUGACAUCGCAGCAAAGCAUAUAAACGCUGUGGGUCACAUGAUUAGGAUACGGGAUGAGGGACAAGGGUCGAGCGACUCCCUCGGUAGGCUCGUCAUAUGGUUCACUGAUGACAAGAAUUCAGAGAACAUGCUAGGCUCGGCGAACCUGAGCUUCGGCACAGAAAUGACCCCUGUCGCAAAACAAUCAGCAGUUCACGACGCAACUCAAGACGACAAGAUCGCCGCAACGCCCCCGACCGCCAAUGCCGACCCUGAAAAGGCCGCGGACACAUGCCAUAACUCAGGCGGCGGCGCCGCACACGAGACCACAGGAAUUACCGUCUUCUACGCCCGCGCCUGCGGAGGCAUCACCAGUGUGCUUGCCACCAAGGCAUACCUUUCCGCCCGUCUCCAUGUCCUUCUCGAGGGCCCCUACCCUUCAUUCGGGCCACAUCCCCCCCACAACUCGCCCACUGCACCGAUAUCCUCUGCAUCGCCGGUGGCGUAG